AUCACAUAAUUGAAACAUGAAAAUACGAUUAGUGUAGUGUAAUGACAUGAAGCUUAUUUAUUUGACAUUGUAUAUAUUAAUGAUGCUUAUUUACUGAACUUCAUUUUCAUAAUAUUUAUUUAGUCAUUUUAGUUAUUACUGUUAAAAAUCUUAAAUUACCACGUUUUUAAAUUGUAUAAAAUUAAUACGAGUACUCUUGUACGCAUGUCUCUGUAUUAUUUAUACUUGUAGAAUUCCAUUUUAUUAUGUAUUAUGUUUGAUUAUGUAUUUUUGUUAAAUUGUUGAUACAACGUUUCAUCUUUUUUAUCAAUUUAUAUGUUUUAAAUGAUUAUUUAAAUCACUUUUUGUACUUACUGAAGGAAACGAAAAAAUUGAUUGUGUCUAGAUAAAUAACAAACAAUUACUCGUAAAAAUGUUUAGAAAUGGUAAAAUUUCAGAAAUUACUCCUACCAAACAGUCAAGAAGUGAAAGAUUUCAAGAGAUGUCUAAACAGCAACAGUUAAUUGAACAAAAAAAACGAGAGAUUCAAGCUAAAUUCGAAGAAAAAAAAAAGCAGAUGGCUGAAGAAACUGAGAAAAAUAAACAAAAAAACAAACUACCUUCAACCUCAAAAAAUACAUUAAAAUUAGAUAAAAUAAAGUCUUUUUAUCAAAAAUCUAAGAGCUUGCUCAAAAAUGAAAAUCUAGUGAAACCUGUUAAAGAAGAACUUCCUUAUGAAUCAACAGGAGCUCAUAAAAGCAAACUUUCCAUAUCUGAAGUCUUUGAAAAAGAAUAUGAAUCUUGUACAGAUUAUAAUGAAGUUAAUGAAUUCAAAGAUAAUUCUAAAGUUGAACCGGAACCAAAAACAGAGCAAAUUUAUUGUAAUGAACCAUUUAAAUCUGAGAAUUUUUUGCCAAUGCCUGAACAUCAAUUUAUGAGUUACAAUUUAAAUCAAUCAUAUCAGUCUCCUAAUUAUUACAGUUCUCCAUCAAUUCAAGUAACUUCAAUUCAACCACAAACUACUGUCGUUCAAGUUCCUACUGUUUCCAUAGUUACUACUCACCCUAUAUUGCAAAUUUCACAACCUACAUCAUUAUAUCAAACACAAAACCCAGUUUUUCUGCCACCAAAUAAUGAUAAAAUAGGUCAAUAUCAACAGUAUCCCAUGCAGACUCCUCCGUUAACUGCUACUAUAGUAACUGAUACCACAACAACAGCAACAGUACCUCAAAGUGCUGAUGAACAACCUUCUUUUAUAGUAACUGAGACGUCUACAGUAUCUUUGGGGCCAUCUCCAAAUGCUACACAUUUAUUGAAUGUUCCGCCACAGACGAUAGAAACCUUCACUGCAGUUCCAAGAGCUUUGAAUACAGUGCUGAGAUGUGACCCACAAGCUAUACUCAAUAAUGAAGAUGUUGAAAGUUUGGCUGCCACUGUAGCUGAGUUUGGUGAUGAAAUAGAAAAUAUAAUAUUACAAGAACGUCCUCAAGAUGUUAAUUUAUUAUUUUUAAGAGACAAAAAUUCUACAGCUUAUGCAAUUUUUAGACAAAGAGUUAGUUAUUUAAGAGCUAAAAUUGUAGCAAAUAAACUUACCCCUACUGAAAUCAUACCAUCAUCAGUCAACCAAGAAAUAUGUAGUUCUGAAAAUCAUGAUAGUUCUAAUAAAAAACGUAAACGUAAAAGUAGGUGGGAAAGUGAUAAUGUGAAGAUCCCUAAUGUUUCUUCUAAUGUAGGAAUUCCAUUAGCAAAUACUGUGAAAACACCUUCUCAGCCUUUCAAUGUUCAAAAACUUGGUGGUAUUCCUGGUAUGUCUGGACCAAUGAUAAGCCAAGUUGGUCGAUCAGAUCCAGCACUCUUACAAUAUGCAAUGCAAUCAUUUGGAACUGUCAAUUUAUCUGAAGAAGAUUGGAAAAAAGCUGAAGACCAUUAUAAAAUAAAUUUACUUUAUCAAGAAAUGCUAAAAAAACGUCAAGAAAUAGAACGUCUAAAAAAAGCUGGAAAAUUUAAAUAUGAAUAUGAUAGCGAUGAAGAUACUGAAGGUGGUACCUGGGAACAUAAGUUACGAAGAGAAGAAAUGAUGGCAACUGAAAGAUGGGCAGAGGAAUUAACUGAAAAAUCUAAAGACAAACAUCAUAUUGGAGAUUUUUUACCUCCUGAUGAACUUGCCAGGUUCAUGGAAAAAUACUCAGCUUUGAAAGAAGAUCGUGAACCUGAUCUAUCUGAUUAUAAAGAAUUCAAGUUAAAAGAAAAUAAUAUAGGCUUCCAAAUGUUACAAAAACUUGGUUGGUCUGAAGGGCAAGGUUUAGGUUCUAGUGGAACUGGAAUAGUAGAACCUGUCAACAAGGGAGGAUCUCAUAAUGACAACCAAGGUUUAGGUGUUGAAAGACCAUCAGAAUUAAGACAAAAUGAUGAUGAGUUUGAUGCAUAUAGAAAACGUAUGAUGCUUGCAUAUCGUUUCCGCCCAAAUCCAUUAAAUAAUCCACGUCGACCAUACUACUGAUAAAGAUAUAAACUAUAUUUUUAAAAAAUAGUUUUAGAGAGCUGAAACUUUAAUGAAAUUUUACUAUGUACUAUAGUAUUUUUACUGAUUUAACUUUAUAAUAAAGUUGUUCAAUAUUUUAUAUUUAAUUGUAGUUUUGUACAAUAAUAUUCAAUAAAUAUUAUAAUUUAGAUGCAAAUA